AUGGCUCCAGCAGAGACUGACGAGGGUGAGGCUGCUGACGAGCCACCGAAUGAUCCGCCCGCGCGGACAGGCCUCGACUUUCUGCGUGCGGUGCAUGCGAACCCUCCGCCUGUAGACACUGCAGGCCCGUCUGCUUGCAGCAAUGAGAAAGAGGCCGUUGCAACGCCGUGUGCCUCUAAUCCCGUCGCGCCAGACAGUGCUCCCGCCACUGUCAGCGUCACAGAGGUGGGUGAGUCAUCGUCUGCAGCCUCGAAAAAGCGGCGUCGCUUCGCGCAAGGCUUCCUACCGUUCGACACGCCCCCUGCGAAACCGACUCCGCCUCCCGUUCCUGUGCAAGCUCCGAACCGUGCGUCCCGUGAGCUCACCGACGCUGAGAAGGCUGAGGAGAAAUUUCUUAAGGCGCAGCAGCUAUACAUCACGCAGUGGCUGCCGAGGUUUGACUGGCUGCUGCUUGACAAGAACGACGAGGGCCUGCCCAUUCUGCGAUGCAGCAUUUGCGUGGAACAUGGGAAAGACGACGCGAAGUUCAGACGGAACGGCACGAGGGGACGCGAUCUGCAGGUCGGCUCGAUGCGCUGUCACAAGCUGAGCGGCCGCCACGACGAAGCCAUGAAACGGCAGCGGACGCUCAUGGCGGAGAUCGAGAAGCAGAAGCGGAUCGACGAUUUCGCCAACACCGACAAGGAGGGCGCGCGGCUUACACGUCUCAUGCGCGGCGUGGAGUUCAUCUGCGACCAUGACGCGCCGAUCGCCAUGUUCCCGAAGCUAAUAGGCUUUCUCGCAGAGGAGGGAGUCGAGGACAUACCGCUCCAUGAAGCCUUGGUGGUCAAGGAUGCUGCGAAAGCUUUCCCCGACCUUAACAUGAUCGAUGCUGCUGUGCGUGCUGAGGGGGAAAUCAUCUGCCUGGCCAAGGAAGUCGACCACACGAUCACCAUCAUCACGCACCGGUACAUCGUGUACGGCGCGACAUUUGGGGGCGGGGUCAGCAAGCUGCUGUCCAAGUUCAUCAAAGAGCAUGGAGGCGACAACAGGACGAUGGUGGUUGAAGGGAUUGACGCGGAGGGGCGGCAGACAACACACAAGUUCGAGCUGAGCGAGACACCUAUCAAGAAACACAAGUUUGGGGGCACGCUUGCUGACUGCGAGAAGCUGUGCACUGGUUUCGCGAAGGAAAUCGUCGCGAGAAUGAAGUACCGCAUGUGGGACUUGCAGCAUUUGGACGGCGCGAAGCUGUUUCAAGUUGAAUCGUGGCCAUCCAGAGACGACCAGCACGAAUUGAAGACACUCGAGUGGCUUGCGCAAAACGACGAGCUGUUUGGCGGAUUGCUUCCAGGAUCAACAUCGCUUCGGAGAGCCAUUCGUGCUGAGGCCGCUUCGGACGCUCAACAAAACGGAGCAGCGACAGAAAAGGCCGCUGCGCUGAUCCUUAUCCGACAUGGCGAGUCUCUCUGGAACUCCAAGAACCUAUUCACAGGCUGCGUGGACGUUCCUCUGUCGGAGAAGGGUGUCAAUGAGGCCAUUGAAGCAGGAAAGAGAAUCUCCGAGAUUCCCGUGGAUGUCAUUUUCACCUCCGCGUUGAUCCGCGCUCAAAUGACCGCCAUGCUGGCCAUGACGCAGCAUCGCCGUAACAAGGUUCCUGUCAUCCUGCACGAGGAGAGCCAGAGAGCCAAGGAUUGGAGCCGAAUCUUCAGCGAGAACACUGAUGAGGAGAUCAUUCCCGUGAUCACUGCGUGGGAACUGAACGAACGCAUGUACGGAGAACUCCAAGGAUUGAACAAGAAGGAGACGGCAGACAAAUACGGCAUGGAGCAGGUCGUCCUCUGGCGCCGAUCCUACGACGUCCCGCCUCCCAACGGCGAGUCCCUCGCCAUGUGCGCUGAGCGCGCUGUGGCAUACUUCAAGGAAAAUGUGGAGCCGAGACUCACGGCUGGCGAGAAUGUGAUGAUUGCGGCGCAUGGCAACUCGCUUCGUGCCAUCAUCAUGUACCUUGACAGCCUUACGUCGCAGGAGGUGAUUGAGCUGGAGCUCUCUACGGGCGUCCCCAUGCUCUACAUCUUCCAAGGAAGCAAGUUCCUCCGCAGGGGCUCUCCCCUCCGCUCAAAUGAUAUCGGCGUCUUUGCACUCACAGAGGAUCUGGCGCAAUAUAGAACCAUGCUGGACACUAUAUCUGAAGGCCGGGGCUGA